ACGGGCAGCGGCAGGAUGGACCUAGAAGCCUCGCUGCUGCCCACCGGCCCUAAUGCCAGCAACACCUCGGACGGCCCCGAUAACCUCACCUUGGCGGGGUCACCUCCUCGCAGAGGGAGUGUCUCCUACAUCAACAUCAUCAUGCCUUCAGUGUUUGGCACCAUCUGCCUCCUGGGCAUCAUCGGGAACUCCACAGUCAUCUUUGCGGUGGUGAAGAAGUCCAAACUGCACUGGUGCAGCAACGUGCCCGACAUCUUCAUCAUCAACCUCUCGGUGGUGGACCUCCUCUUUCUCCUGGGCAUGCCCUUCAUGAUCCACCAGCUCAUGGGCAAUGGAGUCUGGCACUUUGGAGAGACCAUGUGCACACUCAUCACAGCCAUGGACGCCAACAGUCAGUUCACCAGCACCUACAUCCUGACCGCCAUGGCCAUUGAUCGCUACCUGGCCACCGUCCACCCUAUCUCCUCCACCAAGUUCCGGAAGCCUUCUGUGGCCACCCUGGUGAUCUGCCUCCUGUGGGCCCUCUCCUUCAUCAGCAUCACCCCCGUGUGGCUCUACGCUAGGCUUAUCCCCUUCCCAGGGGGCACGGUGGGCUGUGGCAUCCGCCUGCCCAACCCAGACACUGACCUGUACUGGUUCACCCUGUACCAGUUCUUCCUGGCCUUCGCCCUGCCCUUUGUGGUCAUCACAGCUGCGUAUGUGAGGAUCCUGCAGCGCAUGAUGUCCUCCGUAGCUCCCGCCUCUCAGCGCAGCAUCCGGCUGCGGACAAAGAGGGUGACUCGUACAGCCAUCGCCAUCUGCCUGGUCUUCUUUGUGUGCUGGGCCCCCUACUAUGUGCUGCAGCUGACCCAGUUGUACAUCAGCCGCCCGACACUCACCUUUGUGUACCUAUACAAUGCAGCCAUCAGCUUGGGCUAUGCCAACAGCUGCCUCAAUCCCUUUGUGUACAUCGUGCUCUGUGAGACAUUCCGCAAACGCUUGGUCCUGUCGGUGAAGCCUGCUGCCCAGGGGCGGCUUCGAGCCGUCAGCAAUGUCCACACAGCUGAUGAGGAGAGGACAGAAAGCAAGGGCACCUGACGCUUCCCCUACAACCCUGGGCACCUCCAAGUCGGGACAGCACGGUGGACCAUGAUGGGGAGAGACGCUGAGAAGAACCCAAGACCCCUCUGGGAGAAUGCGGGGACGCUGGGUGGUGAGGGGUUGUUGCAACUAAAAACAUUCCACGGGGUCCACAAAUUGCCGGGGAGGCUGGCAGCCAGAUUUUGGGGGCUUCAAGCAUCAGACAUCCCCUUGGGAGAGGAGGAAGAGACCUUUGGGUUGAACAGAAACUGAACAAGAAGAAAAUUUUCAUUCAAAUGUUCAGUUGAGCCCUAUAUCUCUUGGCUCCCCAGUGUCUUUUUCUCAAUUGCUGAUUUAUUUAAAACCUGGGAAGGCCAGGGUGUGAGCAGCAGGGGCCUGGGGAGGUUGGAAAGUGAUGUGGCCUCAACGCUCCUUCCCAUCUCUCCCUGGUGCGAUGGAGGGCAGCCCUUCUCCCAAGCUGGCGGGUGAUGAAACGAAGCAUGCCAUCUCUCUGCGUUCCAGCAUCCUGUGUCGAUUUGCCUGUAUCUCUAGGGGAUGCAUGUUUAUUUUG